ACAUGCUGAUAGAAAUUUGGUAAAACGGAUUUAAGUUUCCCUGCAUUAAAGUCCCCGGCUACUAGGAUCACCGCCUCUGGGUGAGCAUUUUUUUGUUUGCUUAUAGCGAAUACAGCUCAUUCAAUGCUGUCUUAGUGCCAGCCUCUGACUGUGGUGGUAUGUAAACAGCUACAAAAAUGUUGAUAGAGAUACUCUUCCUCAGGCGAGCAAUGGCUCGAGACUUCCUUAGAUAUGGUGCACUAGCUGUUAUUUACAAAAAUACAUAGUCCGCCGCCCCUUGUCUUACCAGACGCCGCUGUUCUGUCCUGCCGGUACAGUGUAUAACCAGUAAGCUGUAUGUUGAUGGUGUCGUCGUUCAGCCACGACUCCGUGAAGUAUAAGAUAUUCUAGUUUUGAAUGUCCCGUUGGUAGUUUAAUCUUCUGCGUAGGUCAUCUAUUUUAUUCUCCAAAGAUUGCAUGUUUACUAGCAGAAUGGAAGGAAGUGGAGGUUUAUUCGAUUGCCUACGAAUUCAGAAGGCAGCCCGUCCUCUGUCCCCUUUUUCUCCACCUCCUCUUCACGCAAAUCACGGGAUCUGGGCCUGUACCCGAGAAAGCAGUAUAUCGUUCACGUCAGGCUCUUUAAAGGAAAAAAAGGAUUCUGCCAGUCUGUGGUGAGUAAUCGCAGUCCUGAUGUCCAGGAAGUUAUUUUCAGUCAUAUGAGGCGGUAGCGGCAACCUUAUGUAAAAAAUACAAACAACGCAAAUAAACGAACAAAAAAAACUAUCUGUUGGGGACACGUAAAACGUCAGCCGCCUUCUCCGGCGCUGUUCUGUGUGCGCAUGUGUAUGGGGUAUGAUACCGCAACAUUUUUAUAGGACCCCCAGCUGUCUGAUAAGAGGGUUACAAAAACACAACCCCCUGGUUAGUGUGAGAUCGAGCUCACACGUAAACAACGCUUCAGCCUAAACUGGACGGACUGAGGUUGGGCGUAUGUAAAUCUCCAGGAAUAGUAUUAUUUGUUGCCAGGAGGUAAAUGCUGAGUUUAGGUGAUUCCAGGUCAUGGAUUAGCAACCGUAGUUUGUAGGUGUUAGUAAGAGCAGGAAUUUUACUGCAGUAGAAACCCUUUGGUGGGUGUUUUUUCAGGACUCCUAAGUCCAAACUUUAUUUAUUUUUGGGAUUGAAAACGCUUUCAGUGUAAAGUUAAACCACUAAAAUAAGAGACAUAAAUGAUAUUUUCCCAUACUUUAUUUUUUAUAAUAUAUUCUUUGAGAACUAACAAUCACCAAAAUAAAAGCUAGACUGUCAGGGGAAUUAAAAAUUCCCAAAACAAAUAAUUUAACAGUAUUGAUUUUGUUAUUAAAUUUGGGCAAUAGAACACAGCAUUAGCCAUGGCAAAAUGCAUAGAAUUGCAGGAAAUUCUUUAAAACUAUCUCAGCUCAAUGGAGAAAUUUGGAGAAUUGCAGGAAAUUGGUUUAAAAAUGCCACGCCCACCACCGAAACCCCUUUUUUAUCCAGAAAAAAACAAACAUUUUGAUUGGAUGAAUCUUCCUUCCUGAUUAGAAGGAAGAUUAGACUGAUUAUGCCACAUACAUUGAGUUGUACAUGGGUGCCAACUGUCCCAAUCAGUUCCAUUCACUCCCAUUCAAUGGUAGGUCCCUCUUCCUUAUGCCGGUAUACUUCCUCAAGAUUUUUAGGAAUGAUGACAUCAGUCUAAUCUCUCUUGGUACCAUCCCACGUUGUUGUUGACAUGAGGCUGUCUAGACUCUGAACAAGGUCUUGCUGUCUCCCAGAUUAGGUCUAUUAACUGUCUCUGUCUCGGACAAACGCUCUGUGACUCCCCUCUCACACCCUGUAAUCCCACUGCACCGCUGACUCAUCCCUCCCAGUUUAGACCAGUGUGGGUGGGGAAAUCCCCUGCUGAUGGUCCCAGCUCUAAAAUGGUUGUGAAUAGAACUGGAUAAGGACUACACCGUUCCAAACCUCUACCUUCUCUAUGAAUGAUAAAGAACAACAAGCAUCAAACAGCCAGCAAGAGUUAACAUUCAACACUGGUGAUAUCGCUGAUUCCAUGCGGUGAUGAUUUGUUACUCAUUUUAUAGUUUAAGUCAAUAUAGCUACAGUAGAUUUGUGAUCGUUUCGGGGGGAACCUGCCUGAGCCACCACAGAUGGGUAGCACUUACCUGAAUGAUCCGUGGCAGUCAUUUUGUGCCGAAACACUGUCCACAUGGCAGCUAUCAGUGCAGGAUGCUUUGUGCCUCAAUGGCUGCUCAGUUGUCCUGCCGAUGAUAUCAGGUUACAGGGUAAAGAGCUCAGGGUAUUACAGAGUGAGUGGGGCUACGCAGGCCAUUGUAGUCACCAUGUAUCAGCACAAUGGUCCUGCCAAUUAUUUCAACCAAAAGCCUGGGACAGUGAUGGAGACUUUGGCUACUUAUCUGACCUGAUUAGAUAGGGAGCAAUAUAGAAUCGUUACACUUUGCCCUCUGAUUGGCUAGGUGGAAUUCCGGCCAUGUUGGCAAUGGAGGUUUCAAGACAAUUACGUUGGAACUAAUGAGCUUAGCUUUGGCGAACAAAUCCUCCCAAAACCAAGGGUUUCUCUAUACUUUAGACGCAGUUGAUGGCCUAUAGAUAGGCUAGUGUUUGUACUACAACAAAGACCGAUUGCGUGCAACAGUAAGUGCUACGGUUUCACACAAGGACCAUGGAGCUAUCCACCGGCAGAAGCGCAACGUCCUUUUCCCCAGCGGGGUCAAACUCUGCGGGCAGGAGAGUGUGCAACAAGCCAUCGCAAAUCACCUCAGCUACUUUCACCUUCGAGUGUGUCAGGAGAUGGUGUGGGAAGCCUUCAAGAUUUUCUGGGACCGCCUCCCGAACCAGGAAGAGUACCAGACCUGGAUGAGUCGGUGCCUGAACGGCACGACCACUGCUCUGGAGAUGGGCAACAACUUCAGCCAAUCAGAGGAGCACCUGGCCCUGGUUGAGAGUUUUCAGAGAAUGUCAGUGACAGGGUUAAAAAGUGAUGCCACCAACUCAUGGUUACAUAUGUGCAGCACCCAGACUCCAGACACAGAACAGGAGGCUCAAGAGGUCAUCAUAGAGGAGGCUGCAGCGGCGGAGCCUUCCAAAGAACCCACAAAUGACAUAGAGAUGGAGGUGUUGGAGCGGGUCCAGCUGGAGCAGGUGGUGGAGCUGAGUAUCCUGCUGAAGGGAGAGAGGUACAGCGACGCUCUCAGAGACCCUGCCAGCCUCCACUACCAGACACUCAACCAGCAGUUCACUGACAAGAUAAAGGAUGCUGUGGGGGGACUGCCAGGCUUUAAGAGUGUGGCAGUGCUGCAGUUCAGGCUUCAGAAGGAUGCCCAAGGGUUGGAUGGUGUGGUGGUGGUCUAUGCGGUGACGGUGGAGGUGGAAGGGGAGGGGGUGAGCAGUGACCAGCUGGACUACCUGACCCUGCAGUCCAAUCUGGUGGAGAACUCCUACAGAGAGGUGAAGGAGAGGAACUACAUCACUGACCAGCACAAGGACAACAUCAUCAGUGAUACAACUCCGGUCCUGGACCCUGACUCACUGCAACUAUAUACUGUGCCCAGUGUUACUGAGUCCUUUGAGCCCACCGCUGGAAUACCCGAGGAUUACACCAACGGCAGUGUGGAGGACAUUUUGGCUGUUGAGAUGACCCCAGACGCCCUCGAGGUAGAAUCUGAGGAUGUAGCGACGGGGGAGAAUGAUGUCAUUGUUGUAGAGGAGAGCGUGACCCUCCCCGCUGAGCUUGAGGUGACCAUCGAUGGCACAAGCAUCGAGGAGGAGGUUCUGCUGUUGGGGAACACUGUGUCUACAGAGAGCCCUGUGUUGGAGGACCUCCCUACAGACCCUACCUCCCCUGAGCAGCCAGAGGGCGCUACGCUCCCCGAGCCGCCUCUGGAGAUAGAGGCCUCUGGUUCAGGUGUUCAUGUACCGAAGGACUUGCCAUUCCAGCCUGAGGAUAUGAUGGAAGCUCCCGAGCCAGUGGGGGACCUCAAUGUCCCCGAGAAUCCCCCUGCCAUCGUGACUCUGCCCCCAGAUGAACCUGAAGAGGAGACUAACGUGGUGCUGGCUUAUCCAGAAAUACCUGACUAUGGAGAGGAAGUUGAGAGCUUAGAGGAGGGACCAAUCAUCGAGGUGCCAGUAACUGAAGAGGAUGCUGUGGAGGAAAAGGUGGUCGCUGAAGUUCCGGACGUUUCUGAGAUCUCGGAGGAGGACUUCGUAGAAGACGAGAUCUUAUUGGUCGUUGAGGCUGCUCCGGAGGCCACCCACCCCACCCCUCUCUCUGCGGAGAAAGAGUCACCCUUCACCCGAGUCUCUGAUGUCAUAGUAGGGGAGGAGGUUACAGAGGCCACGGCCCUGGACACAGCCCCAGAACCAGAGGCAGAACAAGAGGACCAAGGGGUCACCCCAGCUCUCAUACCCGCCGAGUACCACCCUGGUCCAGACAUUUCUAUCACUCUGGAGCUGCAGACGAUAGACCCUGUGACAGACUAUGACCUGGUCCCCUUCGGAGGGACAAACCAAACAGAGGAAGGGAGCAGUGGGUACCCUUCUGGAGUGGUAAAUGGUACGGACCACAGCAUUGCCAUGCCAAUCAACCCUGGGCGGGCUCUGAUGGUGUUCUUCAGUCUGAGGGUCACCAACAUGAUGUUCUCAGAUGACCUCUUCAAUAAGAGCUCCGCAGAAUACAAGGCCCUAGAACAAAGGUUCCUCGAGCUGCUGGUCCCCUACCUCCAGUCCAACCUUACUAACUUCCAGAAUCUGGAGAUCCUGAACUUCCGGAAUGGGAGUAUCGUGGUCAACAGCCGGAUGAAGUUUGGGAGGCCGCUGCCUCGCGGCGUCAACAAUGCAGUCUACCUGAUCCUGGAAGACUUCGCUAACACAGCCUACCAAACUAUGAACCUGGCCAUUGACAAGUACUCACUGGAUGUAGAGUCCGGUGACCAGGCGAACCCGUGUAAGUUCCAGGCGUGUAAUGAGUUUGCCCAGUGUUCUGUGAACCGCUGGUCUAGCGAGGCGGAGUGUGUGUGUAAUGCUGGCUACUUCAGCGUGGAAGGUCUGCCCUGUCAGAGCAUCUGUGAACUGCAGACAGACUUCUGUAUGAAUGACGGGAAGUGUGACAUCAUACCUGGACAGGGGGCCAUCUGCAGAUGUCGUGUAGGGGAGAACUGGUGGUACCGUGGAGAACACUGUGAGGAGUAUGUGUCGGAACCUCUGGUGGUCGGCAUAGCGAUAGCCUCUGUAGCAGGUUUCCUAUUGGUGGCUUCUGGAGUGAUCUUCUUCCUGGCGAGGACACUACGGGAUCAGUACGAUAAGGAUGAGACAGAGGACCCCAUACGGCGAGGGGAGAGUAUCCCGUCUCUAGAGAGGGCCACUAAGUACAACCCCAUGUAUGAGAGUGAGGCCACGACGGGCUACAGCCACUACUACCGCCGCUACCCAGAGGCCCCGGUCUACAGCAGCGCCAGUGCCGAGGCCUCCACAGACUUCAGCAGCGAAGAGAUACGCCACAUCUACGAGAACAGCGAACUGACCAAGGAGGAAAUCCAGGACAGGAUACGCAUCAUCGAACUCUAUGCAAAGGACCGGCAGUUUGCAGACUUUGUGCGGCAGCAUCAAACUGCCCUGGAAACACGCAGACAGAGCACCCUUGAUAAACGCAGAGAGAGCGCGUCCACGUAGACCUGUAUGGGACACUCAGCUGUAUGCUGGACAACAAGGUACCUUAUCCUUUGCUCUUUCCCCGCCCUGCUCUUCCUCCUUUGUCAGUGCCUUCUCUCGAUUGGGUGAGCUCUGCUGGAAUGGGUGUGGUGGCUGUGGGCAUAUCUGCUGCUCAUUGGAUGUCUUCCUUUGGGGGAAGACCGGCCUCCCUCCAUCUGGAAUCAUAUUCGUUACUUGAAAUGAUGACAAACAAAAUGUAAUUCUCUCUAGGAUACCUGUUCUUUAGGUAGCAGAUAAGACAUGAUAGAGUAUUACAUUUGCAUUUAAUGUCAUAUCUCACCCAGUUGUUGUUGACGGAAGAAUGUAGCACUGUGAAAGUGUAAAUAUUUAUCCCAUUAGAAUGUUGGAUAGGUACUGAAAGGUGUGAUUAUCACUGUAUCUGCUAAUGUGUUGUAUGGACUGUUAUGGUUAAAGAACUGUAUGAACCAGAGGCUUUUCUUAAAGGGAUGGUCUAUACCAGGGGUGCACAACACAGGCCCUCAGGCAACACAGGCCCUCAGGCAACACAGGCCCUCUGGCAACACAGGCCCUCUGGCAACACAGGCCCUCUGGCAACACAGGCCCUCUGGCAACACAGGCCCUCUGGCAACACAGGCCCUCUGUCAACUCCAGCCCUCUGUCAACUUCUGCAGGGACUAAAAGCAGCAGAUGUUGUUGCCCUCUGGACCAGAGCUGUGUGCCCUUGUUCUAUACCUAGCUGGAGGUUGUUGGAGAUUGAGCUCAGUUGACUGGCCAGUGUCUGUGCUGUUCUGGGUGCUAUGGGAUCUCUGUUGUCUGAGUUUCUGGCUAGUAGUCAGCCUAGGUAGUGUUCUUCUGAAGUUGGGAGAAGCUAGUUGGAUGGACUCUGUAGGCAGAUCUUAAAUCUCAGCCCUCUAUGGCUCUGGUGAAAAGUAGUGCACCAUAUAAAGUAGUGCACCAUAUAAAGUAGUGCACCAUAUUGGGUACUUUGACAUUUUAGGAAAAGUGGACAAAUUGAGGGUGAAUCUUCCAUUUUUGUUCAGCUGCAAUAAAUUUCCCCCUCUUCUUUUCCUCCUUCUCUAUCCCUCACUCUCUCUCUACAUCAGGAAGCAGUUGGAGUUUGUUUUCUGUAGGAAAAAAAGUAUUACGAGAGAGAGGGGGAGGGAGGGUGGGAGAGGGGGAGAGAUUUUGCUGAAGGACCAAAAUAUAAGUGAAAACACAUUUAGAAUGGAAACAAUCUUCAAGGGGAAAGAAAGCAAACCAAGGAUUUGAUCAGGCAGUCUGUUUCCAGAUAUGUGCUUGAAAACAUUCAAAAAAUGAUAUAAAAUGUACAUGUGUAAACAACAUGUGCUCUGUGGAUAAACAAACUCUUAGCAGCAGCUGUUAAAUCAAAUACAUUUCACCAGAAACUUAAAAAUGGUCAAUUCUGUAACCACUAGUUUGGACCCCAUCCUUGUUUUACCCUGUAAGUAUUUCACAUGAAGAGGACUGGUUUCCAGUGAAUCCUCAAAGUUGCAGCUCUUCAUGCUGUAGGUUGACUUUUCCACAUUUGUUUUGACUGUGAAUUGUCAUAGGAAAUCAUAAGAAUACACAGGUCCAACUCAAAUGGCAACUUAUUCCCUAUAGUGCACUACUUAUUCCCUAUAGUGCACCCUAUAGUGCACUAUGUAGGGUAAAGGGUCCAUUUUAGAUGUGGCCACAGACAUAUAAGAUAUUUCCUGAUUUAGGUUCCUGUUUACAUUUCAUGUCAUCCUGUCCUUUUCUCUCAGGCCUCUGUACGGCUCCACACAAGCGAGAACACAGGUUACUGUGGUAAAGCACAAGCUUACCUUCCACUUAUGAUAUCGUCAUGCCUUUUCAAUCUGUGUGUUCAUUUUUAUAUACAUUUUCUCGUGUGCAUGAACUGGUUUUCUCAACAUUCUCUUCCUUCAUCGGGACUCAUAGGCAAUGGGAUGGAUCCAGAACGCUGUGAUGUAAAUACUGGGUGUUGUGGAAUGUUCUUUACACUAGAAUGUCAACGGAAAGUGCUUGAAAUGUUGACGUGUUUUGUUGUACAACAUUUUUUUUUUUUUACGUAAGCACUGGUGGAUAUUUAAACAAAUAUUACAUUACUACUUGCAGUUAUGUCAAUGUUUAUUCUUAAAAAAGAAAGAAUAAAAUGAAGCAAUAAAUAAAAAGACACGUUUUAUACUAAA